AUGACACAGGCAACAUCCUCGCCUUCCCCAGGUGGCAGCCAAUUGUUGUCCAUCUCGACGACGCCAGACGAAUCGAAGUUGACGCCCGGUCUCCUCCAGUCGAUGCAGGGCGUCCACCUCUCGCCCAGCAAGGAUCCGGUGCCAUCAUCACCGCGCUUCCCGCCCGUGCUGAGUUUGAAACGUUCCAACCCCAAGGGGCUCUCUCUCUCACUCUCGGCUUCGUUCCACAACACGGCCAACAAUGACUCGACUACGACCGCUUCAGCUACGUGCCCAACCGCUGUGUCGGCCAAUGCGAUGGGAGAAACCCCCAUGACCCCCGGCCCACCCCGCACGCCCGCGCUCAAGACGACAUCGCUUGGACGGGCGACGAUGAAGACGGGCAGGAGACCAAGUUUGCUCAGUCUCAUCACGACCAAUCCACAGUCACUUGCUCUCAACCACCCCGCCGUGCUCGUGCCACCCACCCCUAGUGUCGUGUCUUACCCAUACGGUUCAUUGCGCAGCCGUGGGCAUACGCGCAUGUGGAGUGCUGGCGCGCAGCUCGCUGCGUAUGCAAAUCAGACGGAGAUUGACCCACGCGUCUCCCAGUCGGCAUAUCCUGGACCAAGAGGGUCCUUUGCCGCGAUUGAGGAGAGGAUCUCGUCAACAAAACCUCCCGCUGCGAUUGCGGCCGCUGCGGCCGCCGCAGGCAGCACCAGUCCGAGCUCGAGCAUGCCAGGCAUGUCUCCCUCGACGUCCAACUCGUCCAACUCGUCCAACUCGGCGACCGACUCGGCAUCAAGUACGCCCUCGACAUCGCCGCCCCUGCCGAUCUCCGCAGCGGAGCGUGAGCUCACGUACCCCUCGCUGCUUGCCCUGGAGCCCUACUCUGACGGGCCCAUCGAGAUCAUCCCUGGAGUGUUCCUUGGUGCUGAGGACUCGGCCUGGCACUUCGACUCGUGGGCGCGCGACAAGCCGUCAGUGGCCAUCGUCAAUGUUGCCCAGGAGAUCGAGAACCCUUUCGACCCAAACACGUCGGCCGACACAUGGGACUGGCCAUCAAGCGCCAGGGGCAAGCCCAAGGUCGCUCUGUCGACUCACCAGAACGAGGGGCAGCCCCGCGUCGAGUACGCUCACCUGCGCUGGUCGCAUGGCGAGAGCGGCCUCGCCGACGUGCCUGACGCAUCGACGCUCGACGAGCUCGUCAACUCGCCAAUGUACACUGGUCCCCAGGCUGCCCAGCAGUGGCGCUUCUGGGAGGCCAUCCGUUGGCUCGAGGUCCGCCGCCGUGCAGGCACUCCAGUGCUCAUCCACUGCCAGUGCGGCGUGUCGCGCUCUGCGACUCUCAUCGUCGCGUACGUCAUGACGCUCGCCGCGGCAGGUGUUGCGCCCCAGCGCAUUGGGCAUCUCAAGACGAUGCAGGACGCAUACGACUAUGUCAAGGGCAGGUCGCCGUGGAUCGGGCCGAAUGUUUCGCUCGUUUUCCAGCUUGUCGAGUACGCGCGCAACCUCUCCUCUCUCCUCUCCGCCCACGUUAACGGCGGCGGCAGGCAGUGGGCUACGCAGUGGCCCACGCUCGUCGACAUUGAGAGCGAGGACGCGUGGGCGGCGCGCCGCCGCGAGUUUGGCGACGACAGCGAGGGCACCGAUGCCGAGGCACGGGCACUCGACGAGGCCAUGAUGGCCCGCCUGCAGGCAAGGGACUGA